GUACUGGUACCACUAAUUGAGCUCGUAGGUGCAGCUGUAGCUAAGCCAAAUGACGAGGUGGACGCUGCAGGAGUGGUACCGAAUCCUCCACCGGUGUUUGUGCCAAAGCCAAAAUUAGUACCAGGUGUACCAAAAGUGCUGGCUGUUGAUGCUGCAGGUGUUCCAAAUGCCCCAAAACCAGUUGUUUGCUGUUGCUGUUGCUGUUGCUGCUGAGGUUGUUGCUGAGCAGCUGGUGUUCCAAAGAGAGAGGUAGUGGACGUGGCUGGCGUACUGAAUCCAAAAGUUCCGGAAGUUCCAAACCCAGCUGAAAUAACAUGUCUUUUAUUAAUCUGUUGCAUAUUGCAAUGAGAUCAUGUGACGUUCCAGUAUUUCAUGAAAUAAGCUGUAGAUGAAGAUCUGUAUUGAGUUGUCAACUUUUUAAACAAACCUCAAAAUAGAUGCUACUGACAGUUUAGAGCAAAAACAUUUUUCUUAGGGUUAUUUUUAUAUCAAUGUCGACCAUGGACGAGGCACUGGAUCUUACAACUAUGGCCACUGAUGUAUUGAGCAAGGACUCCAUAGAUGGCAAAGGUUCUCAAGGACACGGCCAUGGAAAAGUGGAAGUUUUUGAAAUAGACAUUGAAGUUACAUCGAUACCACACAGUGAGCUAGGAGGCAAAACCACGAAAUUUGGCUUGUCGCACUCCAUGAUUGUGAUCAUCGCGGUAGCAAUAAUCCUUGCCCUGCUUUUACUCUGCUGCGUCAGUCUACUUUUGAUGAAGCGGUGGAGGAAAAAGUAUUACAACUGCUUGCAAAAAGGUGGCGAGGAAAGAUGCGACCCAAACUGCGGUGGAUCUCGCAGACCACUACUGAGAAGAGACAAAUCAGCAGACUCGAUAAGCAGGACAAGCAACAGCUCAAUGAGAGACUGAUCAGUCCCAAAACAAAGAGUCAUCAGAGUGUGAUAAAUUUCGAGGAUGACUGAAAUCUCCACUAGAUCUUAAAUAGACGUAUAUUUCUAGCAAUUUACAAUUAAUCGUGCAUUUAACGCUAACUGUAUGCUCUCGAAGAAUCGAAUAAAAGGCCUCUAAACAAA